GGAGGAGUUGGCCCAUGGUUUCCUUUCCCGCGUCCUCGUGCGUUCCAUUUCUUCCCGCCGUCAGAACUUCGAUCCGCGCUGAUAAAUCAACCGCCCACUGGUUCAUUUCCUGUCCAUCGUCGACCGCAUGAGAUGGCUAGUGCUCGGGAACAGGGGAAGGUGCUCUGCUUCUGAGCCUCGGCCGCAGCGGCGCGCGGGGAAAAGGUGAGCCAGAGGGCGGCGAUGAAUCCCUCCUCUGUUAUUGGUUCUGUCGCCAGCGAAGGCGGGGAUGUUCUUCCCUUCGGUAGGAAGCCGGGGAACGUGCUCUGCUUCCGCUCGGCUGCGGCGGUGGCUCACGAGGAAAAGGGGAGCCUGAGGGUGGAGGCAGGGGCGACGGUGGAGAAUGCGAGGAGAGAGAAACGGCGAGCACUUUUCCUGAGAACGCAUCGCUCCUCUGUAUCCGUCGUCGCCGGCCGUAGCGGCAGCGGUGGUCUUACCUGUGCGGAUUAUCCUCGCAGUUUAAUCUCGCGGUUGCUCCUCUCGUCCAUUCGGAAGCGCCCAACGGGCAUAAUCAACACCAGAGAGGCAAAAGCGAUGGCGGCCAAGGCGGAGGAGCUACCGCCGCAGCCGGUGGCAACUCCGGUGGACGGUAGUGAUGAGAUAGACGCCGGGAAAGACAAUAGCUCAGGGAAGAAGACUGAUGAACUCUGUUUAAACUUAGGGAUGGGAUUUGCUCUGUCUUUUCUCUUCACAAGAAGCUCCUCCGAGAUCAACAAAAUGAUCGAACUCAGAAAGCAAAUGGAAAUACUACUUGAAGAAAUCAAACUCAAUCCCUCCCCGAAAAGACUUGAAUCCCAAAACAAUCAAAAUUACAAUUCCUCAAAAUCUGAGACAGAAUCAAAAUCUGCAAGAGAUUUCAAGAACUGCCGAAGAAAAGACAUUGAGAUGGAGGAAGAAUUAGUGGAGUUAGUUGCUGAAUCGAGUCAAGCUUAUAGUGAAGAGAAAACUUUACAUUGUGGAGUUUCUGCAAAAGAAUUGAGGGCUAGACUCAACCAACUUGUGCAAACAAGGCGACAAGAAGGCAUUGUGGAGUUAGAGACUUCCUUCCAGUGCACUGACCAUGAAGAUUCAGAAUAUGGAGAAGUGACUACCAAUGGUAAGGUCUUCGCCGGUGUUUCAGCUCCUGAACUCGAAAGGAAACUACAUGAACUCCUUGACUCGAGGCAAAACGAGAGAAUCAUGGCUUUGGAGUGGGCUCUGGAGCGCGCCAAGCUAAAGAUUAAUGAGAAGGAAAAGGAGGCGUGCCGGUGGAGGUACAAUGCAAGGCUGAUCUCAGAGCGCUAGAAUGAAGCUUGUUCUAGGUGAGUUGGUUGCAAUAUUUGUACACACACUCACUUGGUGUAGGAGAAUUUUUGUACAUGUUGUUUCUAGCUGUGUUGGGUGUGAAGUGAAUGUUGUGGUUAGCGUUAGAGAAACAAUCAGUCGGAGAUUUUGAGAAUUA